UCUACUAGAACGCGUUCGCUCCCGUCUCCCGGAAGGGGAAGCCGGCUCUGGCCCGGCUCCGCCUCCCUCUGGCGGCCAUCUUGGAUAGUAGCGGCGGUGGAGGGGGGCAGCGGACGGACCCGCAUCCCGGCGCUUGCUGUGUCCCGCCUGAAGUUCCUUCUCCCCCCUCCCCGGCGUCUGCAGCCGGACGGAGCUUCCCCGAGGGACCGAGCGGCCGAGGCUCCCGCCUGAGCAGCGAGAGAUGAGCAACAACAGUAAUAAGAGAGCACCAACAACAGCAACGCAGAGACUUAAGCAGGACUACCUUCGAAUUAAAAAAGAUCCAGUGCCUUAUAUCUGUGCUGAACCCCUCCCAUCUAAUAUCCUUGAAUGGCACUAUGUUGUACGAGGACCUGAAAUGACUCCAUAUGAAGGUGGCUAUUAUCAUGGGAAAUUAAUUUUCCCCAGAGAAUUUCCUUUUAAACCUCCUAGUAUUUAUAUGAUAACUCCUAAUGGAAGAUUUAAAUGCAAUACAAGGCUGUGUCUUUCAAUCACUGAUUUCCACCCUGAUACAUGGAAUCCAGCGUGGUCAGUCUCAACAAUCUUGACAGGCCUCCUUAGUUUUAUGGUGGAAAAGGGCCCUACAUUGGGCAGCAUAGAAACCUCCGAAUUCACAAAAAGACAGCUUGCUGCACAAAGCUUAGCAUUUAAUUUAAAAGAUAAAGUCUUCUGUGAGCUGUUCCCUGAAGUGGUGGAGGAGAUCAAACAAAAACAGAAAGCACAAGAAGAGCUCAAUAACAGACCUCCAUCCCUUCCGUUACCGGAUGUUGUCCCAGAUGGGGAAGCACACCAUGGUCAAAAUGGGAUACCGCUCCUUAAUGGGCACGUACCACUGGCAGCUGCAAAUCACCCAGGUCUUCAGCAGGCCAAUCGUAACCAUGGACUCUUAGGAGGAGCAUUGGCGAACUUGUUUGUUAUAGUUGGUUUUGCAGCCUUUGCCUACACAGUCAAGUAUGUACUGAGAAGCAUAGCGCAAGAAUGAGGAACAUAACAGAAGUCCAAGACCAAAUUAGUGGUAGUUGCAGAAUGAGUGGGACUCUGGGCAUCAGACUUUGACACUGGGAUAAAUAUUUGUGCUACCAUGAUGCAGGUAAUAUAUUGGUUGGCUCAUGGGUUUAGUUUGGAAAAUGAAGCAGGUAUGAUUUGUUAGGGAAGCAAAAGGUGUUCUGCUCACAGUUCCUUUGUCCUCACUACAGUUUUAAGUGAUUCACUAGCAAGUCAAAGCAUUAUUGAUGUGAAACUGGCAUUUUGAAUGCUUUGAUUUUUAUAGCACUUACCCCUUGUUUUCUGAAAUUAAAAAUAUUUUAAGUAAAUGAGGCUUUUUACCAGAUUGAACAAUUUUUAAAAUAUGACACUUGAAGAUGCAUAUCAUAUGUUCAGCAUACAUUUUCAGCUGAAAAUUUCAUUUGCGAAGAGUCAAUUGUACAAGUUUGGAAUGAGUAAAAUGCAAGUUUCCUCACUGACUUGACUUCUGAAAGGCCUGGUUAAUGUGAAUGUUGGUGUUACAGAAAGUGGCUAGUUCACUUUGUUAUAGAGAAUGAAUGUCAAUAACGAUGAUUAGAUGUAAU